AUGGGGAACUGUAUUAUGGGGUCACGGCACUAGAAAGGUUGAGAAUCACUGCUUUAUGACAAGCCUGACCUAUCAGAUCACUUCAGCAACUGAAAGCUUUUAUCUUCCACCUUCUUUGCUAAACAGUUUUAAGAGCAGUAAAAUGCACCCAACCUAUUUCCUUAUGUGUUUCCCAUGGCAAUUCCACCAAGCCUUACGAGCUGAGAGGGGAAACAAAGGAAAGUGGAAUAAAUCUCUGCAUCUCAAUGGAGCAAAAAGCAAGGGAGAGAACAAAAUGCAUUUGUUGAUUAAUAUGUCAGUGCUUGCAAAUAUUCUAAUGAAGCUAAAAAAAAAUCCUGCUAUUUAUGAUUUCUAUUUCUCACGUGGACAAUGACCUUUGUGUUGUAAUCUGGCUAGCCCUCCCUGUUUUGCUAAAUUGAAGUAUGUAUAUUGUAAUAAGUAAAUGAGGAGUUGCCCAUUAAGGAAGUAGAAAUGUUUUCAUGAAAUGAGUUAUAAACUGCACAUUGCACUUUGUCAAAAUCAAUAACAGUGUGCCUUAAAAAAAAAUAGCUGAACUUCCUUGAGAAUUGCAAACACAGUGUAGCCUUCUGCGUCUCCUUGGGGUACGGCGAAGGCACAGCCAGCCUAGCCAUUCCAGUCUCUUAAGCAAAGGCACUACGCUUUCUAGAUAAGGCUGAAGUCAAGAAUCUGCGUGCGUAUGUACAUGCACAGGAUUUGGCCUACGUCACUCUUGCACACCUAUCUUAGGCACAUACCUGAUGUUCUGAUGGAUUUUGGUUUCCCAGAGGUUAUAUUUAAUAAGAGAGAAUUACUGAUGCUCAGAACAUCUCAAGACAGGCAGUACACAUCUGGUAAGUCAAGAGAGCUAACACAAUCUGAGACUGGUAAAGCAAAGACUCUAUUUUAUCCUCAUGAGCUUUUUUUUUUUUUUAACUCAAGAGAAAUCUAAAUAGAAAUGUUUGUUUUAUCCAAUAUUUAGAAAGCAUUAUAUUGAUGUGUGAUAAAUUGUCCCUUGAGGAGACUGAAUCCUAAGCAGCAAAAACUCUGCACAAUUUGAGGGUCUCCAAAUGAUUUAGGAUUAUUUCUUCCAGGAUCAUCAGGCAAGUUACAAAUUCUGAUAGUGAGCACCAGUUUGAAAAACGGAGAUUCAUAUGAACAGAUUCCCAAGAGCUUUUUGUCUCUGAACAUCUGUCAAUAUUAUAUGUAUAAAAACCUGAACGUUGGGAAAUGUUGGGGCUUGCUUAACAAUGCACUUCAAGGAUAGAAAACAAACUUUUAUUAUGUUUAUUAAAGUUAUAUAGAUAUUUCUUUGCAAUAUAUAAUACCCAACUGGGUGAUUUUGCGUCAGUCUCUCUCCCAGCCCAACCUACCUCACAGGUCUGUUGUAAGAAAAAUAGGAGAGGAAGUUGUGUUGAAUGUUCGCCACCUUGAGUUAUAAUAAAGGUGGGAUAUAAAUAGUAGAGAUAUGAUUAUUUUAUAAACAAUAAUUCGAUUUUAUAAUUUUCUUAAAAAGUAUACUAGAUUCUGUAACAACGAAUCGUUCUAUAUUAGAAAAAUUGCUUACUCUAAGGUGUUUUUUUUUGUCUUCUAAUUGGCACUUCCUUGAUUUAUCAUUGUCACCAAAUAAUUAUUUUUGUUUUUUUCUUUCUCUCUUUAAAAGACAUAUUAUCAGUUGCUAUACUGGAUGAUCAUUACUGACUAAAAGCAGCACAACUAUUCCCUGCACCCAGCUAUACCAUCUGAUUCUCUAAUUUAUAAAGUUCUAUUCCCGCAGGAUUUCCUAUCUUGGGGCAAACAUGGAAGCCCAACAGAACAAGCUUGAAUUCUUCCAUAAGCUGGGCUAUAGCAAAGAGGAGGUGUGCAAAGUGCUGGGGAAAUUAGGUCAAGAGGCUUCAGAGAAUGAUUUGCUGCAAGAAUUGAUUCUCACGGGGAGGAGACCUGUGGAGAGUGAGAAUGGGACACAAAGUUUUCAGCCCAAUCUUGCUGCCCAUGGAAUAUCUGGACCCCUCCCAUUUCCCCAGAGCUCUACUGAGGAACCAAAUGAGGCGACUGGUCAUUUGAGACCUAUUGUAAUCGAUGGGAGCAACGUUGCAAUGAGUCAUGGAAACAAAGAAGUGUUUUCAUGCUUAGGAAUUCAGCUCGUGGUAGACUGGUUCAAACAAAGAGGUCACCAGUACAUCAAAGUUUUCGUUCCAUCUUGGAGAAAGGAACAGUCUCGAUUUGAUACCCCUGUUACAGAUCAGCAUAUCCUUGAAAGCUUGGCCAAGCAAGCAAUUCUCAUCUACACACCAUCCCGCAAAAUAAAGGGCAAAAGAAUGAUCUGCUAUGAUGAUCGCUACAUUGUCAAAUUGGCCUAUGAGCAAGACGGGGUCAUUGUUUCCAAUGAUAACUUUCGAGAUCUGCAGAAUGAAAAUCCUGAGUGGAAAUGGUUCAUUGAGCAGCGACUGCUCAUGUACUCUUUCGUCAAUGACAAAUUCAUGCCACCUGAUGAUCCUUUGGGCCGACAUGGACCUUCUCUUGACAAUUUUCUUAGCAAAAAACCUCUUUUCCCUGAAUCAAAAUGGCAGCUCUGUCCUUAUGGCAAAAAGUGCACCUAUGGCAUCAAGUGCAAAUUUUACCACCCUGAAAGACUGAACUGGGACCAUCUCUCUGUAGCUGAUGAACUCCGUGUCAAAGCAAAAACCUACUCAUUCAGUCAGAAGACUGAAGAGAAGAAGGGAAUAAACCCCACGAAUAAGAAUGGACAUCCAUCAUCUCUAUAUAGUCCUAGAAGUGCUAUUAACAGAAGCAGCACAGCAUUCAACUCAGAAGUAGUUCACAAGAGUGUCCCACAACAGAUGGGAGAGUACCAGAUGGAUUCAGCUAACAACUGGACAAACAUGUAUCAGGACAACCACCAGGCUCCAUUAACUUUAUUACAACAUGGUCAAACUGGAUAUGCAGCAGCGGUAUCUGAGCAAUUCGCUGCAUCUUCUCUAAAUGCCAGGACUUAUUCUGGAAAUAUACUUGGAGGAUCUGUAAAAUAUGAAGCCCUAGUAGGUGAGCCCCCUAGGGAUCAUUAUCUCAGGUACAGCCAGGCUCCACUUUUGUCUCAUCACAACUGGUGCUUGGACUGUCCAUGUUUAGAAAUGUGCAAUUUCCAGGGGUGUUGCAGAAAACAGGCAUCAGCAAUACAGGCCUUACAAACACCUUCCUUUUUAGCAAGGCAGAUCUCAAAGGGCCAGCCCAAUGAAGAACAGGAUUCUAUAGAUUCUUCAGCUGAGAUAUUUUCAUAUAACAAGUAUGGAGAUAUGGGUUAUAUUGGACAAACCAGACCUUAUGACCAGUUAUUUUUGUUAGAUUCCAACUCACUCGGAAGACACAGUUGUCCUUCUGGUGUGGAGUCUCAGCAGAAUUUGGCUCAAAAUCCAUUUUCUCAAGAGAAAGCAAAUGUCCAGCAACCCCUAAGGUUUAUGUUCCCAUAUCUUCAGGAAAACCAAGCCUCAACUCCUUCCAACACAGACAUAGUGAGAAAUUUUAUACCAUUAGCUAAGAAGCAUGGGAACCUGCAUAGUAGGUACCCUAAUAGGAAACCAUGGUGAAGGUUAUCUCAUGUCUUCAUUACGCAAGGUACAUUCAACCUCAGCAAAUCAACUGAUAAGAACAGAUAGACAUAUACUGUAUAUACAAACACAUGCACAAAUUUUAUGUUUUUACUGGUUUCAAACAUACAUCCUAACUUUCAGUCCAUUAAGCCGAUUUAUAGUCUUAUUUGGAUCCUUCUUACAGGCACUUUCCACAAACAUCUUCUUAGAUGGCUUCAGCUUCAUAUAUGGGUUUCUAUUUAACCAUUCCCCAACAAUUUCUUAUUCUUUAUCAAACCAUGAGUAAGGUUUUUUCAAUCUAUGUUUGGUUAGGUUUCUGUUUAACACAUUUAUUCUACGCUCAGAUCAAAGUAAACUCCAGGUGGCUACAUGGAUAUGACCAUGUAGAGUAGGUCAGUUUGUUAUUUACUGGACUAUCCUAUUUAUAGUUUUCUUGGCAACAAUACAACAAAAAUAUAUGAGUUAUUUGCAAUUGCCUUUUUCCAAGAUGUUUUUCUAACAGAUCUGAGAUUUCCUGGUGGUCUCCCAAGCAGGGCUGUCACUGCUGAGUCUUUUAACAGAGCAGCCAAGUUCAGUAAAGGACUGCCAGCUGCUCUGACAUGCUAGUCUUGCAGUAGAAAGGCAAAGGCACAAAUGACAACAGUAUUCUCCCAAUCAUCAAGGGAUACAUUUUCAAUUAUUCUGACUAGCUGGACUCCAUGUUUUAGGCUUAUGAAUGUACACAUUUAUACCUCCUUUCCUAAUAGGAGAAAAUAGGCCUUCAGUUCGCAUUUAUAUGUUCAAGUCCUCCCCUCCCCCCACAUCUUUUGGUUGGUGCAUUAAUUGAAACACCUCCUGGACAAAUACUUCUUCCCUCAGAUUGGUUUAGUUUGUUAUUUACUGGACUAUCCUUGAAUACGGUAUUUUCAGAAACUGCAACUGAUCCAAUACAGGGAGAUACCUGGAUUGUUAUCCAAAAACCUACAUUUUGAUAUAUUUCGGUAAUAUUUAAAAAAAAAUCUCCAUAGGUUUCUCUAUUGUUUUUAGGGUUAGUCCAAAGUGCUGAUGCUAAUAUAAACAAAAAUGUAUUUUAAUUGAUAUACUUCUGUUUUUUGAAAGCGCCAAUUAAUUUUUUCUUAUAUUCCUGAAGCUGUGGAUGGAAUAUAAUGUCUGUUAAUGGCUUAUUUUGCAACUGCUUCCUAAUUUACUUAUUGUCUGCUUGUGGGAGAACUGUGCAAACAAAUUAUAUUUUGUUUUUGAAUUCAAAAUAAAUGUAGAAGCUACCAGGAGGACCUAUUUGUGGAAAGGUGAAGGGCAGCUCUUUUAAAUAAAAAUAAAUAA